AUGAAUCAAAAGCUCACACCAGUUCAAUAUGAUGAGCAUGUCAAUGAAGGGAUAACUGAAGGUGACAACAUACUAACAGACACUACAAAGUAUCAAAGGCUGGUGGGAAGGCUCUUAGUAGUUAGAUACAUCAAAGAAGCACCUGGAUUAGGCCUGUUAAUUCCUGCAGAAGACACUACUAAACUUACAGCUUAUUAUGACUCUGACUGGGGAGCAUGUGUGGAAACUAGAAGAUCAAUUAUAGGAUACUUGGUGAAAUUUGGAGAAGGUCUAAUUUUUUGGAAGUCAAAGAAACAGGAGACAGGUUCAAGGAGCUCAGCUGAAGCAGAGUUCAGGAGUAUGACAGCAUGUACAACUGAUAUGCGAAAGUAA